AGCACUACCUGCCUCUCUCUGUCUCUCCCUACCUCGCUCGCCCCGAAUUCUCGCGUCUCCCGCUGCCUUCCAAAGCAUCGAGCCGCCCGCCCGCCGCCCAUGGACGGCGCCGCAGGACCACCGCCGGGCUCCGGCGAUCGCGCGGUACCGAACCGGGAUGACAAUGCCCAAAGUGCACAGGGAAAUAAUUCACGAAGGCCAAACCUUUCUCUGCAAAUACCACUUAGGACGUUGGAUAGCCAUGUACCUACUUCAACAAGAAUUAACAUAUCCGCCAGCCCUAGUUCGACAAGAGCUGGGUUGCCACCAAGGCCUAAUUCAGCUAGACCAAAAUCAUCGAUCAAGAACACCAUUCCCCAGCAGAGUUUCAGGCUAAGGAAUGCAGCACAGGAAGGUGAUCGGACAAACCUUCUAGUUCCUGGGGCAGGAUCAGAAGGGUUGCACGAUAAUCCAACUCCAAGAUCUUUUUCUUUUAGAAAGGUCAUUAACUCGUUAUCGGCAAAACGCACAUAUUCUUUGCCUGUCACACCUGUAGCAACUUCAGAUAAAGCUUCUCCUCCGGGAAUUCAGAUAGAUAACAAGCCAACUACAUCACAACCAGAAGUUCAACCACAAAUUAGGCGGUCCCUUUCAGUACCAGGAAAUCGCAAAAAUAGAAGUUUGAGGAGAGCAGAUUCAUUAGGUGUCAUCCGUGUGAUUCCAACAACUCCACGACCUGUUCCAGAUACAAUUGCAUCAAAUGAUACCAUUGAAGAAACGGUAGACGCUCCUGAAGAUGGAGGUGAAGAUAUCCCUGAAGAAGAAGCAGUCUGCAGAAUUUGUCUAGUUGAACUCAAUGAAGGAGGGGAAACACUUAAAAUGGAGUGCAGCUGCAAAGGAGAACUUGCCCUUGCUCACCAAGAUUGUGCUGUCAAAUGGUUUAGCAUCAAGGGAAACAAGAUAUGUGAUGUCUGCAGACAAGAAGUUCAGAAUCUGCCUGUGACUUUGUUGAGAAUACCAACUCAAACUGUUAACAGGCGACUAGUAAAUGGUGCUCAGCAAACAGCAUCUCAGCAGUACAGCAGAUUUUGGCAGGACAUUCCAAUUUUGGUGAUGGUUAGCAUGCUUGCGUACUUCUGUUUCUUGGAACAACUUCUGGUUACUAAUCUGCAGUCACAUGCACUAGCGAUUUCAUUGCCUUUCUCGUGCGUGUUAGGCCUCCUUUCUUCCAUGAUAGCAUCCACUAUGGUGACCAAAAGCUACCUGUGGGCCUAUGCUUCCUUCCAGUUUGCUAUUGUGAUCCUGUUUUCUCAUAUCUUCUACAAUGUGUUAAAAGUGAACCCAGUCCUUGCUGUCCUUCUCUCCUCGUUCACUGGGUUUGGGAUUGCUAUCAGUACAAACUCACUGCUGGUGGAGUUCUUGAGGUGGAGAUCUAGGAGGAGGAGCCGACGGCUAGCUCAGGCUCAGCCCGUGAAUGAAGGUCAGGAUCCCGAAUCUGGGAAUAGCGCUGCUAGUGAAAACAGCGGUGACAGGCAGCAGCGGCAACAAGGGCAGCAUCCUGAAGCUGGCAAUAACAUCGUCUGAUGAAUCAUUCAGACCAACACGUGCGAUGAGCCAAUGCUGUGCGAAUAGCUAGCUUUGAUCUGUGCAGUAGUCGUAGCUUGUCGGACUUCAGAGCCGCGAUCACGAGCCAAUGGAUGGUAGUUAGUCUGGCAGAUUGACAUCGAAUUUGCGGUUUCCAAGUUGUAUAAGCUUAAUAGAUCCCUGAACCUACAGAAUCACACCGGAAAGUGAGUGCAGCUAGCUGUUGUGAUUCAACAGUCAUAUAUGUAGGCAUAUACGAAAGUGAAAUAUAGUACUGCGAGAGCUCCUUAGCUUGCCUGUGAGAAGCUUUACGAACGAUUUGUUCGGAGUGAGUAUUCCUCUUAUAAAUGAAAUGAAAUUUGUUCUGUUGUGUCA